AUUUUAAGAAGCCCAGCCCCCUAACUCAUUUUAGAUGGCAGCUCAUGGAGGCAGCAGGAACAAUAAAAGCCUCCUGAGAAGUGAGUGAGGGGUGAAGAGCAAAAGAGUAAAAUUGUCCCACUGCUUUACCCUAUGGUGCCUGCCCAUGAUUGAAGGUGGUCACAUAACUGCUCAGUGUCCUUCCAAGUAUUCAGCAUGGAGUGGCUGGAGAAUUGUGCUCAGAUGUUCCAGAGAAAAAUUCUGAACGAGGCCUUCCGCCGGCAUUGCCCUUCAUUGUUGGCUUGUAUAGCACUGGGUGGGUCACUGCUCAAGGAACUUUCCCCCCUGCCGGACUCCUAUUGGAACAACAGGAGGAAUGUUCUGAAUGUGUAUUUUGUAAAAUUUUCCUGGGGUUGGACACUGUGGCUGCUUCUCCCUUUCAUUGCACUGACGAAUUAUAAACUGACUAGAAGCAUAACCAAAGUUCUACGGAGACUGAGCACCCUGCUGGUUGGCACAUUAAUCUGGUACCUCUGCACCAAUCUUUUCCUUUACAUCGAGCACAUCACUGGCAGUUGCUUUGAGUCUGAGGCCCUGUUAGACCCCAGAGAACACCAAGACAGAAGAGAAUGCCAGCUCCAUGGCGGAUUCUGGAGCUGCUUCGAUAUAUCAGGACAUUGCUUUCUGCUUUCCUAUUGCAUAUUGAUCAUUUUAGAAGAAACUUCAGUUAUCCGCAGUAUUCCAUUUGAGAGACACUGGCACAGAAUGGCCAUUAAUGGCUAGUUCGCUGCCCUAAGCAUUUUGAUGAUAAUUUGGGUGUGGAUGUUUUUGUGCACAACUGUUUAUUUUCAUAGCAUUUUCCAAAAAGUUAUGGGCACAGCCUUUGGAAUGCUGGCAUGGUAUAUAACAUACAGAUGGUGGUAUCUGAAGCCGAUUUCCCCUGGGUUACCCCCAGCCGGUGCCAGUCACAGUGAAAAGGAACCAGUCUACAAAAACUAACCUUAAUACAUGUGCCUGAGACUUUAAAAUUAUUUAUAUCAGUUAGA